AUGUUCCUCAACACAGUGCUGGUGGUCCUGACGGACCUGGCGGCCCGGGUCCUGGGUAACACAGCGGUCCGGCAGCACUUCCACCUUCUGCUGUCAGCUGUGGUGAUGUUUGGUCCUGUCCUGAGCUUCUGGGUCUCCCAGCACAGCAUCUUUGCCAAGAGAAGUCACUUCCUUUACAGGAUGUUCCUGCGCUCUGGCUGGGGCUGGACCUGCAUCUUUGUUGGCUCCUUCGUCUUCCUCCUCUCCUUCUCCAUCAGGCGCUCCUUGUCCCUCUCCAUGCGUCACCUCUCGCGGCUCGGGGUGGCAGGUGGGCUGUGGCUUGGUUUCUGUAAACUCCUGGACCUUCUAGAGAAUGCCACAGGAAGCUGCUACGAACCUUUACUCAAUGGCCCAGAGGUCACCAACGGACAGCCUCUGCUGGUGCUGCGAGAAGGAGAGAGUAAAUCCGAGUGCCUCAGAGCCGGAAUGCUGUGGAGGGGUUAUGAGGUCUCUGAGGACGUCUUCCUGCUGUGUCUCUGCUGCCUCCUGCUGGCAGAGGAAACUGCUGUAUUCGGCCCUUACCUGAGCUUGGGCGGGAUCUCGGAUGCCCCUCUAAGGAUCCUCUUCCUCUUCUGUGUCCUCCUGCUGGGCCUCUGGAUCUUUCUGCUGCUCUGCCUUUUGGCUUACUUCCCCCAGUUCCCCACCCAGCUGCUAGGGGGCGCUCUGGGGUGUCUGAGCUGGAGAGGACUGUACCAGGGCUGGUACCGCCUUGGGCCCAGCUGGUGCUCACCUGGGAGACCUGGAUUAGGACUGCUCAACACUAAGAGUACUGGCAGUACUGAAACAGAGGAUCCAAAACAAAGCCCAGAUCCCAGCAUUAACACAAAACCCUGAAAACUGAGCCCAGCAUUAACACAAAACCCUGAAAACUGAGCCCAGCAUUAACACAAAACCCUGAAAACUGAGCCCAGCACUAACACAAAACCCUGAAAACUGAGCCCAGCAUUAAGACAAAACCCCGAGCCCAGAUCCCAGCAUUAACGCAAAACCCUGAGCCCAGAUCCCAGCAUUAACGCAAAACCCUGAGCCCAGAUCCCUGUGAGUUGUCUUUAACUGUAAGCCAAGGUCUGACAUAUUUUGAUGACCAACUUAAUAACAAAGUAAGUGAAUGUUUUCUAUGGGUGACAAUGAGAGGAUUCCUGAGGCCAGACUGCAUGAUGAAACACCGUUGGGUCACACUCUGUAAUAAGUUAGACAAAGAUUGUCAUAGUAAAUGAACGAGUAUUUGAUGAGUUAGCUGAUGAGCUAGGACCAUGGGGCAUCUGGUUUAGAUUUAGUUCUGGAUAGACCCUGCAGUCUUGAGGCGUUGGCGCCUUACAGGAAGCGCUUUGAGAAAAACUUGAUAUGACGGCGUUGAGCUAAAUAGGAAAGAGACUCAUACUGGUCUAUGCCUGAGGCUUCCACAUGACUGCCCCAGUUACCAGGAAACAAACCAGAAGCAUACGGCUAACUGUUAACAACACUUACCAGGAAACAAACCAGUACCAUACGGAUAAAUGUUAACAACAGUUACCGGGAAACAAACCAGUACCAUACGGAUAAAUGUUAAGAACAGUUACCGGGAAACAAACCAGUACCAUACGGAUAAAUGUUAAGAACAGUUACCGGGAAACAAACCAGUACCAUACGGAUAAAUGUUAAGAACAGUUACCGGGAAACAAACCAGUACCAUACGGAUAAAUGUUAAGAACAGUUACCGGGAAACAAACCAGUACCAUACGGAUAAAUGUUAAGAACAGUUACCGGGAAACAAACCAGUACCAUACGGAUAAAUGUUAACAACAGUUACCGGGAAACGAACCAGUACCAUAUGGAUAAAUGUUAAGAACAGUUACUGGGAAACAAACCAGUACCAUACAGCUAACUGUUAACAACAGUUACCGGGAAACAAACCAGUACCAUACGGCUAACUGUUAAGAACAGUUACCGGGAAACGAACCAGUACCAUACGGAUAAAUGUUAAGAACAGUUACCGGGAAACGAACCAGUACCAUACGGAUAAAUGUUAAGAACAGUUACUGGGAAACAAACCAGUACCAUACAGCUAACUGUUAACAACAGUUACCGGGAAACAAACCAGUACCAUACGGAUAAAUGUUAAGAACAGUUACCGGGAAACGAACCAGUACCAUACGGAUAAAUGUUAAGAACAGUUACUGGGAAACAAACCAGUAUCAUACGGAUAAAUGUUAACAACAGUUACCGGGAAACAAACCAGUACCAUACGGCAUACUGUUAACAACAGUUACCCGGGAACAAACCAGUACCAUACGGAUAAAUGUUAAGAACAGUUACUGGGAAACAAACCAGUACCAUACAGCUAACUGUUAACAACAGUUACCGGGAAACAAACCAGUACCAUAUGGAUAAAUGUUAAGAACAGUUACUGGGAAACAACCCAGUACCAUACGGAUAAAUGUUAAGAACAGUUACUGGGAAACAAACCAGUACCAUACAGCUAACUGUUAACAACAGUUACCAGGAAACAAACCAGUACCAUACGGCAUACUGUUAACAACAAUUACCCGGAAACAAACCAGUACCAUAUGGAUAAAUGUUAAGAACAGUUACUGGGAAACAAACCAGUACCAUACAGCUAACUGUUAACAACAGUUACCGGGAAACAAACCAGUACCAUACGGAUAAAUGUUAUGAACAGUUACUGGGAAACAAACCAGUACCAUACGGCUAACUGUUAACAACAGUUACCAGGAAACAAACCAGUACCAUACAGCGAACUGUUAACAACAGUUACCAGGAAACAAACCAGUACCAUACGGCUAACUGUUAACAACAGUUACCAGGAAACAAACCAGUUCCAUACGGCUAACUGUUAACAGCACUUACCAGGAAACAAACCAGUACCAUACAGCGAACUGUUAACAACAGUUACCAGGAAACAAACCAGUUCCAUACGGCUAACUUUUAACGACAGUUACCAGGAAACAAACCAGUACCAUACGGCUAACUGUUAACAACAGUUACCAGGAAACAAACCAGUACCAUACGGCUAACUGUUAACAACAGUUACCAGGAAACAAACCAGUACCAUACGGCUAACUGUUAACAACAGUUACCAGGAAACAAACCAGUACCAUACGGCUAACUGUUAACGACAGUUACCAGGGAACAAACCAGAACCAUACGGCUAACUGUUAACAACACUUAACAGGAAACAAACCAGUACCAAAGGGCUAAAUGUUAACAACAGUCACCAGGAAACAAACCAGUACCAUAUGACUAACUGUUAACAACAGUCACCAGGAAACAAACCAGUACUAUACAGCUAACUGUUAACAACAGUCACCAGGAAACAAACCAGUACCAUACGACUAACAGUUAACAACAGUCACCAGGAAACAAACCAGUACCAUAUGGCUAACUGUUCACAACAGUUACCAGGAAACAAACCAGUACCAUACGGCUAACUGUUAACAACAGUUACCAGGAAACAAACCAGUACCAUAUGGAUAAAUGUUAACAACAGUUACCAGGAAACAAACCAGUACCAUACGGCUAACUGUUAACGACAGUUACCAGGAAACAAACCAGUACCAUACGGCUAACUGUUAACAAAACUUAACAGGAAACAAACCAGUACCAAACAGCUAACUGUCAACAACAGUUACCAGGAAACAAACCAGUACCAUAUGAUUAACUGUUAACAACAGUUACCAGGAAACAAACCAGUACCAUACGGCUAACUGUUAACGACAGUUACCAGGGAACAAACCAGAACCAUACGGCUAACUGUUAACAACACUUAACAGGAAACAAACCAGUACCAAACAGCUAACUGUUAACAACAGUUACCAGGAAACAAACCAGUACCAUAUGAUUAACUGUUAACAACAGUUACCAGGAAACAAACCAGUACCAUACGGCUAACUGUUCACAACAGUUACCAGGAAACAAACCAGUACCAUACGGCUAACUGUUAACAACAGUUACCAGGAAACAAACCAGUACCAUACGGCUAACUGUUAACGACAGUUACCAGGGAACAAACCAGAACCAUACGGCUAACUGUUAACAACACUUAACAGGAAACAAACCAGUACCAUACGGCUAACUGUUAACGACAGUCACCAGGAAACAAACCAGUACCAUAUGACUAACUGUUAACAACAGUCACCAGGAAACAAACCAGUACCAUAUGACUAACUGUUAACAACAGUCACCAGGAAACAAACCAGUACUAUACAGCUAACUGUUAACAACAGUCACCAGGAAACA